GCCUCUGGCCACGAAAAACAGCGAGAGAGAGAGAGAGAGAGAGAGCGAGCGCGCCUGUUGGGGAAAAAUCACCAGGGGGAAAAAUCCAGCACGCAUUCCUGAGAUCUUUAUUUCUUGGGGUUUAUGGAGAUGGUGUGUGAGUGUGUGUGAUCAGUGGAUGAAAUUCAGCAGGUUUUGAGGAAGUUCAUCAGCUCUUCUGUCCGCUUCCUCACUUUAACUUUUAACUCGGACUUCGCGAACUUUGGCAGAAGCUAAUCAGGGUAAUUUACUCCAGGCGGCGGUGUAAAGAAGCAGAAGCAUGUCGGCAGAGGAGGAGAGAUACAAGCUGGUGGUGGUGGGUGGAGGUGGCGUGGGCAAGAGCGCCCUCACUAUUCAGUUCAUCCAGUCAUACUUCGUGUCUGACUAUGACCCCACCAUCGAGGACUCAUACACCAAAAUCUGCACCGUGGAUGGGAAGGAGACCCGAUUAGACAUUUUGGACACAGCUGGUCAGGAAGAGUUUGGGGCGAUGAGAGAGCAAUACAUGAGAUCUGGAGAAGGCUUCUUACUGGUGUUUGCUCUGAAUGACAUCGGAAGCUACAACGAGAUCCAGAAGUUUCACACUCAGAUCCUGAGGGUAAAGGACAGAGAUGAUUUCCCCAUGGUCCUGGUGGGCAACAAGUCUGAUCUGGAGCAGCAGAGAGUGGUGUCAAGAGAAGAGGCCAUGUCUUUUGCCAAAGAGAACCGGAUCCACUAUAUGGAGUCAUCAGCAAAGAACCGCUACAACGUGGACGAGGCUUUCCUGGAGGUGGUGCGAGCAAUAAGAAAGUUCCAGGAGACAGAAAGUCCUCCUCAGCUUGCCAAUCACGCUGGGAAGCAGAAGAGCAGCGGGUGUCCAUGCACCAUCCUCUGAUCGCCUUCACACACUGUUGCCAUGGAGACUGAAGCCCCCCCCCAUGUCUGGUGCCUUGUGUGUGUGUGUGCUUUACAUCAAUCAGUGAUCCUGAUCAUUCAAAGGUGUUUAAAUGUGUUUAUUUUUUAAUCCUGCACUUUUUUUUUUACAUCAAGUUCAUUUUAAAGUGUAUCUUUUUGAUUUUAUAUGUUCAGUGCAUAGGUUUGAGCAUUUCAUAGUGUGUGUUCAGCAGUGUAGCAAGCAGCAAUGAACAGAGCUGUACAUAUAUACUGUGUGUGUGUGAGAGUGAUAUACACACAAUUACUUUGUGUCUGAUUAAUAAGCUGCUUUAUUAUUCACUGAAAAUAACAUCAGAAGGGAAAGCAUGUUUCUCACACUGGGCUCUCCUGUGUGUGUGUGUGUGUGUGUGUGAGAGCGAGAGAGACAUCAUUACAGAUUAUGGCUGUAGUAGGAAAAAAAAGAAA